CGAGACGAGCAUCUUUUUCACGCCCCACCUGUGAAACGAAUAUUAAAGCAAAGCUGAGAGCGGUCAUUCCCAAAACCGGUCGGUUGAGUUGAAACACAACGAGUUGAACUGGAAUGUCUUGUAUCUUGGCAUUGAAAUAUAGGGAUGUAGCGUAAUUUACUUUUAAAUUAUAGCAGAUAGUUUUUCACUCCGUAGCCUUUGACUUGGUGCCCGCGAGAGGGGCAGCCAAUCAACUUCUGGAGCUGUAAGGAAAUUGGUUAUUUAAGCUGCUUAGUGGGUUAAAAACAUCUGCGUUGAAUGACCAGUAUGCGAGGAUCUAGACAGUUGAAAAUGGUGGUGUACUUUUUAACUACCGGAUUGCAUCUUCUGACUCUACCACGUGGAUCUGUCGCAGAGAUCCCAAACAAACCUUCGGGUACCGUAACGGACCUGUCCUCUACCAAGUCAGCGCCGGGGGAUCAUCAAAUUUUCCCCGACGCGGUGAAACCGGAUCUGCCGGUCUUCGCUAUGAACUAUCCCCGUAUACAGGUGCCGUUUGAGAUCACCCUCUGGGUGCUGCUCGCAUCAUUCGCCAGGAUCGGUUUCCACAUUUACCACAAGGUACCCUUCUGGGUCCCAGAACCAUGUCUCCUGAUCAGCAUUGGUCUGAUGUUGGGGGCCAUCAUGCACGCAGUCCAUGAGGAGCCCCCAGCGAUGCUCAGCUAUGACCUCUUCUUCCUCUACAUUCUUCCUCCCAUGGUCCUGGACUCCGGAUACUUCAUGCCCACGCGACCCUUCUUCGAAAACAUUGGCACGGUGCUUUGGUUUGCAGUGGUGGGGACCCUGUGGAACAGCAUCGGGGUUGGCAUGUCUCUGUAUGGGGUGUGUCAGAUUGGGGCACUGGAGGUGCAAGACAUUAACCUGCAGGAGAACCUGCUGUUUGCCUCCAUCAUCUCAGCGGUUGACCCGGUGGCCGUGCUUAGCGUCUUCGAGGAUGUCUCUGUAAACGAGCAGCUCUACAUCGUUGUGUUUGGAGAGAGCCUGUUCAGCGACGCCGUCACUGUGGUUCUGUACAACAUGUUUACCUUCGUAGCAGAGAUGCCAGAGGUGGAACCAGUGAACCUGUUUCUGGGCGUGGCCAAGUUCUUUGUGGUGGACCUCGGCGGGCUGGCCUUUGGCCUGGUGUUUGGCUUUGUAGCCUCCUUCACCACGCGCUUCACCUCCAAAGUCCGGGAAAUAGAACCGCUCUUCAUCUUCAUGUACAGCUACCUGGCCUACCUGGUGGCUGAGCUGUUCAACAUCUCUAGCAUCAUGGCCAUCGUGACCUGUGCCCUAACCAUGAAGUACUACGUGGAGGAGAAUGUUACCCAGCGGUCCUGCACCACCAUCCGUCACGUGGUCAAGAUGCUGAGUAGCAUCUCAGAGACCCUUAUCUUCUUUUUCCUGGGCGUGGUCACCAUAACGACGGAACACGAGUGGAACUGGGGCUACAUCCUGUUUACGCUGCUGUUUGCCUUCCUGUGGAGAGGACUGGGUAUCCUGGUGCUGACCCAGAUCAUUAACCCUUUCCGCACCAUCCCGUUCAACUUCAAGGACCAGUUUAUGCUUGGUUAUAGUGGCCUGCGAGGGGCAGUUGCUUUUGCCCUGGUCUUCACCCUGCCAGACCACAUCGGCCGAAACAAACCUUUUGUCUCAACCACCAUCUGCCUCAUCCUCUUCACAGUCUUCAUCCAGGGCAUCAGUAUCAGGCCGCUGAUGGAGUUCAUCAAUGUGCGCAGAACCAACCGCAACCUGGACACCAUCAACGUAGAGGUCCAUUCCAGGCUCAUGGAGCAUGCCAUCGCUGGGAUAGAAGACAUCUGUGGACAAUGGGGCCACUACUACUGGAAGGACAAGUUUAUGAAGUUUGACAACCAGUUCCUACGUCACAUCCUGAUUAAGGAUAACCGGGCUGAGUCCAGCAUUGUGGCACUGUACAAGAAGCUGGAGCUGCAGAGUGCUAUGGAGAUACUGGACAUCGUGUCUGGGGACACCAGCACAGCUCCUUCUGUCAUCUCUCUAUGCAGAGGGAAGGGUUCUGGUAAACCCAAGAGGAGGUUUGCAGACCUGGGGAGCAUGCAUGACAUCUUGUCCAAGAACAUGUACAAGAUCAGACAACAGACGACAGAGUAUACCACCAAACACUCGUUGCCGAACGACAGCCACACCAAAGAGAUUCUGAUCCGACGGCACAGCAGCAUCAGACAUAGCUUUGGGCAGGGCUCCUCCCUGGGCCCGGAUGAAGCCAGGAACCCAAAGUACUUUUCUCUUCCUACAGGGAGUCUCGACCGGACUCAGAGUCUGGGACACACAGGUGAUAUUGAGGGAAGUGUGUGUGUGUGUGUGUGUGUGUGUCACUCUGAAUCCAAAACUUCUCUUUUUCUCUCAGAUAAUGGUGAGGAUGAGACCCUGUCGGGGGGGGGCUACCCAUCAGCCCCCCGCUCCAGGAUCAGCCAGUCCAGUAGGUCCUCUUCCAGAAUCAGUCUGCCACUACGCAGGCUGGACACUCUGACAGAGGUGUCCUCUAGCGCAGGAGUGGACCUGGUGGAUGAGAGGAGUGGAGGGAGAGGGAGAGGAAGGGCUGGUGGGCGUGGCAAGUCCCGUCUAAACUCCUCCUCCAGUGACUCACGGGUUCCUGCCCCUCCCUGUCACUUUGACUCCUCUGAGGUUUUCCAUGGCAACAGAGACUCAAUGCCAGAGCAGGAGGAGCCCCUGUCCCUGUCUGUAACCUGGGUGGAAUCUAGUGACCAUGACGACAGCAGCACACAGAACCCACUUCUCAGGAGACCACGGUGGAACCCAGUGAAACCAAAGAAUCCCUGAGGCCAAUUGGAUGUCUGGACGGUAGCAGCAGGACUGCUGUUGGCCGAAUUGGGUUCUAAAGUUGAACUCCUCCAGAGGAACUUUUAAAGACUCUUGAACCCAAGAACUGUGAUGUAUCAAAUACCAUAAAAUCUAAUUGCACCACAAAAGACCUACAAUCAACCAUUCUUUGUGCUUGUUCUGACCACAUUUUGCUCAUGUUUUAAGACAGGUGUAGGCGAUUAAAUGCUUUGUAAUGUUUUUUUUUUUUUUUUACAAUAUCUAAUAUA